UUAAAGCAUUUUGAGUGAGAGAAAGAAAAGUAUGAGUCAAUUAGCAAUGGUUAACACUACUAUUAAACGUCCAUUGGUAAAUUAUCACAAAAGUGUUUGGGGAGACUAUUUUCUCUCCUACACUCCUCAACUCACAGAAAUUAGUAGCCAAGAAAAACUUGAACAUGAAGAGUUGAAAGAAAAAGUGAGGCAAAUGUUAGUGGAAACUCCUGAUAAUAGUAUACAAAAACUUGUCUUAAUUGAUACAAUCCAACGAUUGGGAGUGGGAUAUCAUUUCGAAAAUGAGAUUAAAAUAUCUAUUCAGAAUAUUUUUGAUGAGUCCGAUCAGAGUAAAAAUGAAGAUGAUUUCGACGAUCUUUACGUUGUUGCUCUUCGUUUUCGACUAGUGAGACAGCAAAGGCAUUACAUGUCUCCUGAUGUGUUCAAGAAAUUCACUAACAAUGAUGGCAAGUUCAAGGAAACUCUUACUAAAGAUGUGUUAGGAUUAUUAAGUUUAUACGAAGCAGCACAUGUAAGAGUACACCAUGAAGACAUUCUUGAAGAAGCUCUAACUUUUACCACCACUCAUCUCGAGUCCAUGGGCCCUAAAUUGGACAACUCACUCAAGGCCCAAGUUAGUGAAGCCUUGAUCCGGCCCAUUCAUACAAAUGUACCAAGAGUGGCAGCAAGAAAAUACAUGCCUAUAUACGAAAACAUCGAAUCACAUGAUGAUUUGCUUUUGAAAUUUGCAAAAUUGGAUUUCCACAUUUUGCAAAAGGUGCAUCAAAGAGAGCUUAGCGAACUUACAAGGUGGUGGAAUGAUUUGGAUCCCGUAAACAAUUUUCCAUAUGCAAGAGACAAAUUGGUGGAGUGUUACUAUUGGGCAAUAGGGGUGUAUUACGAGCCUCAGUAUAGACGUGCAAGAAGAACGUUAACAAAAUUAGUCGCUAUUAUCACUGUCACCGAUGACCUCUAUGAUGCUUAUGCAACUUAUGAUGAACUUGUGCCUUUCACAGAUGCAGUCGAAAGAUGUGACAUUGGUGCUAUGGAUUCGAUAUCAUCCUACAUGAGACCUCUUUAUCAAGUCUUUUUAGAUUACUUUGAUGAAAUGGAAGAAGAAUCAACCAUAAAUGGCAAAUUAGACUAUGUCUACUGUGCAAAAAUUGAGACGAAUAGGUGGACGAAAAGCUAUCUUAAGGAAGUGGAAUGGUUGAAUGGUGGCAAAAUUCCAAAAUGUGAGGAAUAUAAGAGAAAUGCAACUUUAACAAUUGCCAUUCCAAUGCUUGUGGUUACUUGUUUGAUUGUUAUGGAGGAAUUUGUAGCCAAAGAGACUUUCCAAUGGAUCUUAAAUGACUCUUUGGUCCUUCCAGCUUCAUCACUAAUCAACAGAUUAAAGGACGAUAUUAUUGGACAUGAACACGAACAACAAAGAGAACAUGGAGCUUCAUUCGUCGAAUGCUACAUGAAAGAAUAUGGAGCUUCGAAACAAGAUGCAUAUGCUGAGAUAUGGAAAGAAAUAGCAAAUGCAUGGAAAGACAUAAACACGGAAUAUUUACGUGCAACUCAAGUACCAACAAUUGUCCUAGAACCUGCAGUAAAUCUUGCACGUCUAGUAGAAAUUCUCCAAGGGGAUGAUUUUACAAAUUCCAAAUACAACCUUAAAGACGUCAUCUCCAUGUUGUUUGUUGAUUCUGUCAUGAAUCAUGAUCAUAAUUGUGUUGGUGUUUAAUUAAGCAAACAACGGUUCCAAAACUUAGAUAUAUUACUUCUAAGUGAUUGCUUUGUGUGUGUGUGUGUUUUGUUGGUUGGGGGUGGGAGGUUUGCUGCUUUUGUUGUAUUGCACUUUGUAUAGAUGGUUGUUUUGUAUUGUUUGAUUUGUUUCACAAUAUAUCGCAUCCUAUUGUAUUGUAUUAUAUUAUAUUAUUUUAAUGAAUCGUUUUUUAUCUUA